UUUGCACGACACGAAGUGGACUUUGUGGCGAGAGUGUUGAAGAUAACACAACACGAAACCCAUCAUUUCGGUGGCGCUAUCCAUUGCAUUAUUACAAACGACCACCACAACCGCCGCUAAAUGUCCACCAACAACGCCGAUUCCGUCACGGCGCCGCCACCGCGCCCCACCAUAACUCUCCCUCCCCGUCCCUCUGCCGAGGCCUUCUUCGCCGGCGGCGGCGGCGCCAGUCCCGGCCCUAUGACCCUCGUCUCUAGCUUCUUCGCUUCCGACUCCGGCGACUGCCGCUCCUUUUCUCAGCUCCUCGCCGGAGCCAUGGCCUCUCCGAUGGCUUUCUCCGCCGCCGACAAUUCCUUCAAAGAAGAAGAUGGGACCCACAAAGGUUUCAAGCAGAGUAGACCCAUGAAUUUGGUGAUUGCUCGUUCUCCAAUCUUCACUGUUCCACCUGGCUUGAGCCCUUCUGGGUUUCUCAACUCUCCUGGCUUCUUUUCCCCUCAGAGCCCCUUUGGGAUGUCCCACCAACAGGCAUUAGCACAGGUUACAGCUCAAGCUGUCCUAGCACAAUCUCAUAUGCACAUGCAAGCUGAAUACCAGCCGCCUGCAGUAACAGCUACCACUGAACUGCCUGUACAGCAGCCAUCUUUUGCUCUAAAUGAAGCUUCAGAGCAGCAAAUGGUAUCAUCUGUAUCUGAACCUAGAAAUGCUCAACUGGAAAUGUCAGAGCUCUCACACGGUGAUAAGAAAUAUCAAGCAUCUUCCCUGGCCAUUGACAAACCUGCAGACGAUGGCUACAACUGGCGUAAGUAUGGGCAGAAGCAGGUUAAAGGUAGUGAGUUUCCACGGAGCUACUAUAAGUGCACACAUCUGAAUUGCCCUGUGAAGAAAAAAGUUGAGCGUGCUCCUGAUGGUCACAUAACUGAAAUUAUCUAUAAAGGCCAGCAUAACCAUGAAAAACCGCAGGCAAAUAGGCGUGUCAAAGAUAAUAGUGAUUCAAAUGGAAAUGCAAAUGUUCAACCUAAGACUGAGUCUAACUCACAAGGUUGGGUUGGACAUUUAAACAAGUUUAGUGAAACUGUGCCUGAUUGUUCAGUACCUGAGAGUGACCAGACCUCCAAUCAAGGGGCACCCAGGCAGCUACUACCUGGAUCAAGUGAGAGUGAGGAAGUCGGUGAUUUAGAUAAUAGGGAAGAGGGGGAUGACAGUGAGCCAAAUCCUAAGAGAAGGAACACUGAUGUUGGGGUUUCUGAAGUACCUCCGUCUCAGAAGACUGUCACAGAACCCAAAAUCAUUGUGCAAACAAGAAGUGAAGUUGAUCUCCUGGAUGAUGGCUACAGAUGGCGAAAGUAUGGUCAAAAAGUGGUGAAGGGAAAUCCUCAUCCAAGGAGUUAUUACAAAUGCACUAGUGCAGGGUGCAACGUGCGCAAGCAUGUUGAGAGAGCUUCAACAGACCCUAAAGCUGUCAUAACUACAUACGAAGGUAAACAUAAUCAUGAUGUGCCUGCUGCUAGAAACAGCAGCCACAACACAGCUAGUACCAAUUCAAUGCCACUAAAAUCACACAAUGUGGUGCCAGAGAAGCAUCCUUUGCUUAAGGAUAUGGAUUUUGGAAGCAAUGACCAAAGACCUGUACAUUUGCGCUUAAAAGAAGAGCAAAUCAUAGUAUAGAAGUCUGCUGCCACGUGCUUUUAUUCAACCUGUCAAUGAAGAGAACUCACCUGGUACAGAAUGAAAUUGUCUUGAAGAUGAAAUGGAUAAACACGAAGGUGUAGUCAGAAUUGACAAUGGUCAAUGUAUGUUAUGUUGUUUUCGAGUUCUUUGUAUGUAACACCUUUUGUAUAUCUAAAUUAUGGAAUUGUUUGUAUAAGAUGUUAUUCACAGGUAUGAAGAUCAUUUCAAUUAAUGUACUGACAUUGUUAUAAUUUAUUAAUUACCGGGUUGUUCCUGGUACUGCUUAAUACUCCUUGUAAGGGCAGUUCUAGAAUUCAAAUAAAAUUGAAAAGCUGCAUUCAAAAUGAUAUUGAUCUUGUAUGCAUUUAUGUAUGUAGCUGUUCCCACU